GGGACGCGCCGUCCCAUUUCCCCGGCCGCCGCUGCACUCCGGGACCAGCGGGCGGGACGGGGCUGCGGCGCAGAGGCACCAUCCAAGGACUCUUGUGGAGCCCAGUAGCUGCUUAUAGGAGCUGAGCAUAUCUCAAGGUGCCUUUCAAGCAGAGGGAGCAGCACAGGCAGCCUACUCAGGAGCUGACAUGCAGCAGAAGAUCAGCUCUUUCUUUAAUUCCAUCUUGGAGCUCAUCCGUACCAAGCAUGAGGAAGGCAUCUUCAACACCAUCUGCCUGGCCGUGCUCUUGGGUCUACCCCUCGUUGUCCUGCUCACCUUCAUUUUCAUCUGCUGCCACUGCUGCUUCUGCAGACGGAGGGGAGGAAGCACAGGGAAAGGUGGCCCCAGCAGCAAUGGGCAGCUGCAUGCCGAGAGGAACAAGAAGAAGAAAAAGAAGAAGAAGAAGCAGCAGGAUGAAGAGGACCUGUGGAUCUCAGCUCAGCCCAAGCUGCUCUUGCUGGACAAGAGACCCUCCUUGCCCAUCUAGCAGACAGGAGGGUGUUCAGGUCCUCUCCUCUGAGAUGCCAUCAUUCCUUUCACCUGUGCACCAGGAGGGGCGAGGAGAUACCAAAGCUGCUGCCACUUUAUGGUAACUUUUGACAGAGGCUGACCCCAGCAUGCUGAAGGGCCAACAGGAAACAAGGCACAGGUUGUGCAAGCCUCUUCUCCCCUAUCAGGACAGCAUGCCCCAGGACAGAGACCCCUGCAAAGGACAGGUGAGCACACAGGGGUGACCUGCCAGCGGGUCCUACGUACCCCCUGCCAUGAGCACAGUGCAUGCAGUGCCAGUGGGGCUGGCGCACAGCGAAGGAGGUGCGAGGCUCUCCCUCUGCACUCACCUGCCAGCACACACGCUGUGGCACGGACGGGGGUGCACAGGACAACCUUCACCCACGGACCAAGCCACCUGCACACUCCCCCUGCACAACACAGACAGCUGAGUGGAGAAGGCCCAGACACAUCUCGUUUGCUUGCCCUGCCAUGGAGACAGCACAGCUUCACUGUCGAGGCUCCGUCCAAACCCAGUUCGCUUUAUAGACACAAAGCUGAGUUACCCCACAGCUCAAAGAUGUGCCAUCUACCAGGCCACCAAACCAGUCUCUACCAGCACUUGAAGCUAGAUGCCCUCAGCCCAACCUUAGAGACCUCAGACACCAUCCUAAGGCAGCACAGCAGAAGGAUGCCUUGCCACCUGGGCUAGAGGCAGGAAGGAGAGAGGAGGCUGCCAGACCAGCCCUUUUGCACCAGCACUUAAAACAUCUUCCUUGAAAGACUGUUUUAUACAAACUUGCCAUUAAAGAGCCCACCAUGCUACUGCAAGAGCAGAAACACAACCUGAGGCUGUGUAAAAGCUUUGCUAUGGGCAUUAGAGUUAUUUAUUAAAUGACUACUAGAGAAGAGCAGGACCAAAGGCCCUCUGGAACAGGACCAGGGACAUGGAAGCAGUAUUGAAGCAGCAGACAUUGUUUCCUGGCACACUCAGCCGUCACCUCUCCCUGCAGCCCUUGUGCCAUGUGUCAGACACACACAGACCCAUGAGCAGGUGCUGCCCCAGCUGAUGAGCUCUGUGUGCUGCACUGAAUGUUUCUGUAUGGCUGCCAGGCUGACCAGCUCUGGGAUUUUGAAUGUGCUGUAGAAGCAAAGUAAAUUCCAUGUGCACAGUCAUCCCUUACACAGGGACACAUUUUACAGCCAGACUAUGGACCUCUCUCCAUCCUCAUGUUCCUUGGAAAGACUGUUCAGCUGGGCACAGCAGCUAACAGGACCACACACAGCUCUCAUCCCUGCUCUGCUUCCCACCUGCCCCACCCUGGCUUGUGUUCCCAUCCUAUGUCCCUUGAGCUGGGAGUCUCCUGUGCUCCCCACUCUCCGCCCCCCCAGGCUCUGUGUCCCCCAUCUCAUUUUCCAUUGAGGGAAAUGGAAAAAUGUGUGUGUGAUGAGAAGCCUCAUCACAUCUGGGUUUUGCCCUGUCUGUACACUGGAUGUCUUCCUUCCAUUUUCUUCCACUUCUUAGGCUGCUGGAGCAGACCAGAGCUGCCAGCAUCUAGGGAACAAGCAGCCAAACCCACAUGGGCAAGCCUGGACAGAGCUGCUGGGCACAGCUGCUUCCAGCCCAGGCAAGGGUGAUGCCACCUUACCCGCAUUUGGAGGACAAAGCCACCAGCUGGAAGCAGCUGCUUGUGCCACCCGGUCCCAGCACAGCCUGUUUUGUCCAAUGCAGGCAGGGCUGUGAUGGUCACAUCAUGUCACAGGGUUUGGCUGCAUGUCACAGGGUUUUGUGUUGGGAACAGCCAUGAGGCUGGGCUCCUCCUCACACAGCCCUUUAAAUUGACCCCAUAUGUGCCUUAUUUUCCAGUUUGCUUUGUCACCAUUGAAAUUAGUGACUCCCUUCUGCUCCAAAA